GAAGAUGUCCUGGACAUGAUCGAUUACUGCAAAGAGCUUGUUGCAUUUCUGAAAAGAACCGGUGCCGUCGCCGGCCUAAAGCACACCGUGAAUCAAGAAUGUGAUGUGCGAUGGAACAGUAAAGUCCUGAUGUUGGAAUCAAUCCAGAAACAAUACCAAGACAUCAGAGAGCUGCUACGGAGCAAAGACCAACAACAUCGCCUCGAUGGCAUUCACCAGGAUCAACUCGCACACUUGAUCGAGUUUCUCACCCUUUUCAAGUCAGCAAUCAGCGAGCUUGAAGGAGAACAUCACCCAACCGUUCAGAUGGUUCUGCUCUGGUUUUUCAAGCUGAAAAAACACUGUGAGCCCAAGUUUGGAGACCCACCUUACAUGAAAACUCUCCGCUCUCGCACGUCUGCUCUGCUUGAUGAGAAGAUGCAUCCGACUGCUACUCACAAAAUCGCCACUUUUCUCCACCCGAAAUUUAAGUCGCUGAAAAUGCUGGCAGAAGAUGACAGACGAGAGGUGAUCAAGCAAGUUCGAGAACUUCUUCCAGAGGAAAGCGUCUGUGUCAGUCGUGAUGGAGAAGAAAACCCUGUCACCGAGCCCCAAUCAGCAACAGAGCAAGGUGGAGCUGAUGGCGCAUCACCAAAAAAGAAGAGAAUUGACUUCGCAGAAUGGGAGGAGGACACACCUGUGCCCGUUGAUGAAGUAGACAAUUAUUCCUCUACAAACUUCCAUCUGGAAGGAUCAGCAGAGGAAAAUCUACUUUCCUUUUGGGGGACACAAGGACAAUCAUUCCCACGACUACAACACCUUGCCAAGAGAAUCUUAUGCGUCCCAGCAACAAGUGCUGCAAGUGAGCGCUCCUUCAGCGCAGCAGGGCGCAUUUUAGAGGCCAGGCGCUCUCGCCUGAAUCCUGGCACUGUAGAUGCCAUUUUAUUCCUACAUAGUGCGAAUAAAAAAAAAUUGUAAUUUACAUACGGUUGGAUAUGUUAAACAAAUUAGUCUACGUUACCUAGGCCAGUGGUUCUCAACCUUUUUUCA